AUGGCGCGUUCUAGCGCAUCUAGCAAGGAAGCUGCACGCCGGCUCGUGCAAAAUAUUGCUAAAGAACAUGGCUACCUUGGUGAGGAAGUUUACGCAACUAUGAGCCCAGAAAUUCGUCGUACUGUUCAAGAAGCAUUCCUUAAUGCCUAUAAAUUAAUAGGCGCGACUGUUCUAACGCUAGCGAAGAACCUAUAUACCAAGGACGUUAGAUGGAUAUUCGAGCUCUUGCAGAAUGCUGAGGAUAACUGCUUUUCCCGGGCGGAAACUUGCGGCACCCUACCAUACGUAUCUUUUGCUGUGCACAAAGAUAAAGUCGUCGUGGAAUGCAACGAAGAUGGCUUUACUAAGGAGAAUCUUCGAGCGAUAUGUAAGGUUGGCGAGAGCUCUAAGACAGGGGCACAAGGAUACAUUGGCGAGAAAGGCAUCGGGUUCAAGUCCGUCUUUAAGGCCGCUUGGAAAGUUCAUAUCCAGUCUGGAGACUACUCGUUCACGUUUACCCAUCGAAAGGGUGACUCCGGUAUGGGCAUGAUAUCACCGGAAUGGUGCGACUCAGUAGAAGAUCUACCGACGCCGUUGACACGAAUCACGUUGUUUUUGCAUCCUAGCGACGUUUCAGGGACCGAAGAUGCGCGACGGCAGAACAUUUUGAAUCAAUUGAACCAGCUUCAGCCUACGAUGCUCCUGUUUCUAAAGAAGUUAAAGCAAAUUAAAGUGCGCAUAUACGACGAUGCAGAGAACGAAGUGUCAUCCCGUGUACUCUCCAUAAACCACGACGACCAGCCCAAUGUUCGCAUACUCGAAAAUGUCAAUACACAAGGUGGCGAUACGAGGUCUCGUAGACAAAAAUACCAUAUUGCGGAGACUACUGCGCGCAACCUCCCUCAUAACGAGAAUAGAACAUACUCUCCCGAAGAAGAAGCGAGAAAGGCAUACAGCACGGCUCCGGUUGUCCUCGCAUUUCCACUCUCGGAUAAAGAUGAACCUAUAAUCGAACAACAAGAAGUCUUUGCAUUUCUCCCAGUUCGCAGAGAGGGGUUCAGCUUUCUUAUACAUAGCGACUUCGUAACGCAGGCAAAUCGUGAAGAUAUAGUAACCACUUCGUCGCGGAACAUCCGUUUGCUGGAUGCUAUAGCUGAUGCUUUCAUUGUUGCAGUCAGAGAGAUGAACCUUCAUCCGACCUUGAAGUACAAGUGGAUGCGUUAUCUUCCGAAGUUGACAGACGAUAGAUGGGAUACAUUCUGGCUAAGGCUCGUUCACAAGAUAAAAGGUCUUAUUUCCGACGAAAACAUCAUGAUUUUGCGGGAUUCAAUGACCCCGAGAAAGAUAUAUCAGACAAGACGAGUCUCUCACAUGAUGUCUGAUCAACAUGGAAACCCGCUAUUUGACGACCUCCAGGGUGAUAAAGCCUGCUAUAUAUCACCCUAUUACAAAUCCAAUGAUCUGGACCUUCUUAACGACUAUAAGCUCUCUUUCAUGUAUCAAAAUGAGUGGCUUGAGAGAGUAGCGAGAGACUUGUUGAGUGGUUCAUCCAGGAUGCGGUCUGCAGACACAGAUGCUGAUUGGCACACUCGUGCUGCCAAAACUCUAAGCUCGUCCUUCGAGAAUAAAUGGGUUGAUCAAAUAGCCGAGACCAAGUCGUUAGAGCUGAUCCCUCUUGUGAAUGGACGAUGGGUUAGUCCAUCCAAAGUCGAUGUGCAUUUUGCUACCAUGGAAAAUGGAGUCGCAAUCCCGACCGACAUUGGGUUUCACCUUAUAGAUCCUGCCGCCGAAAAAAUACCUAACAGGAAAGAGUUAUUCCUUCAUCUCGGCGCAAAGUACGCCUCAGCAACUGAUGUCCGCGUCAAAAUCUCGAAACUAUAUCGCGGUGGAGGAGUCACUGGGGUCAAUUACGAAGCUUCGCUUUCUCAUCUCAAGUUCCUAUAUCUGACACACGACGCAUGUCCCAUGCCCCUCUCGCCUGUACCGUAUCUGUGGCUAUGGGAUAACCGUGGAUCUUGGUAUCCAUUGGCCAAAAAUGAUUCCUAUUCAGAUACAGGGUUCUGGGAAUUAGUCCCAAAGACCAAGGAGCCUCUACACUGGGAGGGCUUUCAUUUUAUCAAUGAAAAAUAUUUUGAAGACGGUCCAGGACACGGAACUCAAUGUAAACUGACGUGGAGAGAAUGGCUACAAACAUGUCUGGGGAUCCGUGACCGCGGCAGGAUUGUGAAUCAAGAUGGGUCGAACCUUUCAAAUGAAUGCCUCUUCGUCUCAAAAUCCAUCCCUUCGAAAUUUUUGGAAUUUUUGAAGCAAGGUUGGGCCGAAGAAAAAGAUAGCCUGAAACCGCAACUAAUGGAGAUCCUGAGAAACCAGAUCGUACCAUGUCAGAAUUUUCCAUUCAAAAUAGAAUUGUCGAAGACAUAUAUUCCCACGCAGACGCUUUUGAAAGCACGAGGCGAGUUUAUUCAGGAGGGAGAUGUCUUCCCUUUUCUUGAUCUUGGCGAGAAUUCAGGCCCAAUGUCUCAAUGGGAAUUCUUACACGAUUUAGGGGUGAUAUCUAGCCUAGAUAUCAGAUUCUAUUUCGACAUUCUCGAUUAUAAACUGUAUCAAUAUCAUGAAAAGCCGGGCUCCUCUAUCGACAUCCCUCUGAUUGCGAGUUUAUAUAAACACAUUCAUAUGAAAUGCGUGGAACCCACGAACAUAAAGGAACAAGAAGAAAAGCAGUCUUUGAUGCGCGACCGAACUAACUCGACAGUUAGCAAGAUGUUCAAUCAAAAGAACUCCAUAGCUAUACCUGCUCGCGGUAACCAAAAUGCGACUUUUGUUACUCUUAGCAAAUCUAUACUUAGUGGGCCAGUGGAUAUGGAAACUGCUUAUCCAGUGAUCUCUCUAUAUAAAGCCAAAUACCAAGCUGCUAUAAGCAGAUUUCCCACGCUCGAAGAAUUCUUUCAGGACACCCUAAAGAUCCCAAAGUGUACAUGGGAGCAUAUUGUGAAGGAGCUCAAACAUCUCAAGGAGUCGGAUCGCACGGGACUCUUAGACAGAGUUGGCGCUUUGUAUUUCGAACUGAAUACUAUGAAACUCUCGGCUGCUUCGCUGGAAGAAAUGAGAAAAUUAUUCGAAGAAGACGCCUUAAUUUUUACGGAUGUCGGUCCCCAAAAGUGGCACAAAUCACUUCAGUGCCUGUGGUGUGCCCCAUCGCCGAUUAAAGGUCGUGUGAAUUUGAGCAACGUUUACGAGAAGAAGCUGGAAGAAUUCUUCGUCAAAAAGCUAGGAGUGCGUGUAUUGGAUGCCGAUAUUGUCUACAACGAAUUGCUGCAAUUGGAUCCGGUAAAGACCACCGUAAAGCACGUCAAAGAACUUCUUUGGACAUUUAAUUCGCAGAUCGAGCUAGGCCACCCCAAAGAGGCUCCUGAGAAGUUCCUUAAACUUCGAAUUUUACCAGUUAGCGAUGUUGGUGGUCAAGUGUCCCUAUACUCGGCAGAAACUGAAUUCGGGAUUGUCGACCGCAAAAGCCUCGGCGAUAGUUUCCAUGGUAGAGUCAAACUUCUCGAUUUCAGUGUGAAUGAAAUUGUCCAGUUGAAACCUUUGAUAAAGUGGGCGGGCCUUGAGAAAAGGUAUUUAUCGAAAUUGGUACAGGAGACAUCUGUUUUAGAUUCGGGGUUCAAAGUGCCAAUAUCAGACCCGAGAGAAGACAUCAGAAAAAAGUCUUAUGGAUUGUUCCGCAUCGCGGCUCAUUUCAACAGCCCUCGGGUCGAAGGCGAUGGUCAGGACUUUUACGACCUUCUUCGCAAUUCCCGUACAUGGAAGACACAGAGAAUAUCAACAACCAUCAUUGUCCAUAUUGAUGGCCAGACCGUGCACCUUGUUGCCGAUCGCGGCAUGGUUCACAUCGACGAUAACGAUGGCCUUGAAAUAUACGUUCCGCACGACGAGGACUUGCGGGAUAAGACUUACGUCUCCGAUCUCCCGAAUCGCUUAACGACGUGGAUAAUGACGAAUCCUAGCACAAAACUCAAGAGUGAGAUCGACUCCAGCAUGGCGCUCCUUAUUCAAAGUGUCUUGGCGGCGAAGCCCCGACAAAUCAAUUAUUAUCUUACUCAACACGGCAUUGUUGAUGUUACACUGCCCGAGCAAGAAGUCCAAGAUCAUGUUGUCGUUCGCCAGCCCAGUCCAAGCCUUGCUUCAUCUUCCACAGCCAUCGGACCCUCCACUCCUUCCACCCCGAGGAUAUUCGGCUCGCCUUUCGUAGAGCCAGUCACGCCCCUUUUCGACAAUGACUUCGUACAUGAGCUCUUGGAAACACCGGCUACAGAUUACACGCAGUAUUCUACGCAUAGGGGGAGUUCAACUAGAUACCGUCCUUCACCGGCACAAUCGAGCCCGUCACCUACUCCAUUUACCAAUUCUACUGUGGAACAACGGAGACUAGCAACUGAAGAAUAUCGCGAUCUUCUGUCACAGGUCGUCCGAAUAGCUAGGAGCAGCCGAAUCCUUUCCGAAGCGAUGGACCUUCAUGAGCUCUUGGACGCCCUAAUCGACGACAACACUGGUAAUCGAGUGUUCAGCGAAUAUAUGCUGUUCAAUACUCUACUUGGUAAUGGUAUGCAUUCAAUCGAGCGCGACAAGAAGGUCGGAGCUGCUGGGGAAUUAUUCGUUUUCGAACUCCUCUCCUCGAUGAGCCCGUCUCUCAGGGGCUUCAACAGAGCCAACUGGAAAAGCACGAUUCGAAGAUACAUCACGGUCCACCCGGAAUACGAAGACAUGCCCAUCUGGUCCGGAAUCGAAACGUCGGAUCUCGAGUACGAAGACGUAGACAGCAGGCUUACGUCAGUGCUAAUAAGCAAGGGCCAUCUCAACAGCGGGUGGCGAGGCUCGCGGCCGAAAUAUUAUAUCGAGGUGAAGACGACUCCAGGGGAUAGAGAUACUCCCUUUUUCAUGUCGGACGCUCAGUACCGCAAGAUGAAGAGGCUUAGCACGAGAGAAUCGAUAUAUGUCAUAUUCCGAGUCUCCGACCUGUAUACCGGCGGCCUUACUCUUGACAUCUACGUCGACCCGGUCAAGCUUGCAGAAGAGGGGAGGUUGGUAUUUACCGCUGAUAAAUGGACGGUGAAGCCGGUUCUGAGACUUUGAUGAGGGACGCACAACGCUUGUAUGAUUAUCUGCUUUCUCCGUUUUUUUUUUUUUUUUGUAUAUAGUAUAGGUUACGUACUGUCUUUCUUCAGGAGUUAAAAGUGUGUGGGCUGAGGGGGUUUGUGUACAAUAUGGCUGGAGCGAUCGCAUUACUCCAGGGGGUGGCUCGUUAGUGUGGCUGGGUGAAAGCUGUAUGUUGAUUGUAGGGAUGACUACACGCAGAUGGAUUUUCACAUCCAGAACCGAAACUGGAAAUAUUACAUGGAAAAUUCUUAUAAAU